AUUCCUAAAAAUCCUGAAUAAAUCCAAAUACUUUCGGCCUCUCUCUCUCUCUCUCUCUCUCUCUAUCUCCACAACUUUCGACAAAAAUCAUAUCAUCUUGAUCCAAAUUUCUUCAACAAAAAUGGAAGAAGAAGAGGAAGAAAUAUGCAAAACACCUUUGACAAACACGGUUAUAGUUGUUUGUAUCGUCGCAGGUUCUUCUGGUGUAUUGUACGGAUAUGAUACUACGGUUUCUGGAGGGGUGAUGAUGAUGACGCCAUUCUUAGAAAAAUUCUUCCCCGCGGUUCUAGCGAAGAUGAGGGACCCCAAAGAAGACCAAUACUGCUUGUUUGAUAAUCAUAAAUUAACCGCAUUUAUAGCAUCCAUGUUCAUAGCGGGUUUGAUGUCAUCUUUGUUGGCCGGACGGGUUACACGUGUCAUAGGACGCCGCUUUAGUUUGAUUACCAGUGGAAUCCUCUUCAUAACGGGCAAUGCCUUUGCGGUUUUUGCAGACAAUGUUACUACACUCCUUGUGGGCCGCCUGUUCGUCGGCUUUGGCAUCGGAUUCGCAAAUCAGGCUGCACCAGUAUACAUAACCGAAAUGGCACCAUCAAAAUGGCGAGGAGCUCUAAACACAGCUUUUCAAUUCUUCGUAUGUUUGGGCGCCGUCAUUGCCAGCUUAAUAAACUUAGCCGCUAACCACUCGAAAAGCAGCCACGGUUGGCGGCUCUCGUUGGGGUGCGCCAGUGUACCAGCCACGGUCCUCAUCAUUGGGGCUUUAUUUAUCCCCGACACCCCAUCAAGCUUGAUCCAACGCGGGAAGAGUGACGAGGCCCUGGCCGCAUUGACCAAGGUCCGGUCAACCAGGGAGGGGGCUGAAGCCGAGCUAAACGACUUGAUUAACUGCAAUGAGGCUGUGAGAUCGAACCAUGAGUGGCAUUACAAGACACUAAUGCAGCCUAGAUUCAGGCCACAUCUAGUGUUGACAUUAUUGAUUGCAGGGUUUCAGCAGCUCACGGGGAUCGGUAUGAUUGCUUUUUACGCACCUGUGGUGUUGAGGACGAUAGGGUUGCGGACCGAAGGGUCUUUGUGUGGAACUUUAGUGAUUGGAGUUGUGAAUUUGGCAUCUGUAUUCAUGUCAACUUGCAUGGUUGAUAAUGUUGGAAGGAGGUUAAUGUUUUUACAAGGUGGUUUGCAAAUCAUUUUUGGUCAUGUAUUCAUCGCAUGCACACUUGCGAUUCAAUCACAAGGCCAGUAUGACGAACUCGAGGAUAGCUAUUGGAUCGCGGUGCUAGUGUUAAUGUGUCUAAUUUCAUCAGCGUUUGGAUGGUCAUGGGGUCCACUUACUUGGCUUAUCCCGAGUGAAAUACUACCAAUAGAGGUUCGUGCAGCUGGAACAGGCAUCGGUGUCUCAACAAACUUCAUUAUGACUUUCAUACUGACUCAGUGUUCAAUGUCAAUGCUAUGUUCUAUGAAAUAUGGUUUGUUCUUCUUCUACGGUGCCAUGACGUCGCUGAUGACGGCCGUUAUCGGUGUUUUCUUGCCGGAGACCAAAGGAGUUCCCCUUGAGUUCAUGGACACUGUUUGGUGUAAGCAUUGGUAUUGGAAGUAUGUUGUUACCGCACAGGUUUGACCUUAAACAGCAGCACCUGUUUGAAAUGGUCAUGAGGAGCCUGAAGCAAAGAGAUAAGACCACUUUUGACUCCUGCACUAAAGAUUAUUUACCUAACACAGGGAUGAAAUGAUGUGAUGUUCGGGUGUUAAGGGAAACGAUGAAGAUUGUGAGUCCGUUCUUCGUCUUAAACUACGGAUCUGAAAUUGUUAAUUUGAUAGGACCAUAGUUUUUUGUAAUUUUGUUUUGAGUGCUAAUCAUGUUGAUGAUAGAUUAUUGUUCUUUGGUUUCAAGGUGCUCUAAUCACUUA